CGGGCGCUGUGAGGCGGCGGCGGCGGCGGCGCGGGGCCCAUGGCGGAGAGUGGCGCCUGGCUGCUGGUGCUCAGCGCCGUGUUCCUCUGCAACGCGCUCAAAAUCCUGCUGCCCUCCUGCUCCUCCCUCAUAUCCAGGCUGUUGCAGAAGGAUGCAGAGCAGGAAUCCCAGAUGAGAGCAGAGAUCCAGACCAUGAAGCAGGAGCUUGCCACCAUCAGCAUGAUGGAUGAGUUUGCCAGAUAUGCCCGGCUGGAGAGGAAGAUCAACAAAAUGACUGACAAGCUCAAAACCCACGUGAAAGCACGAACUGCCCAAUUAGCCAAAAUAAAGUGGGUCAUAAAUAUUGUAUUCUACAUAUUACAGGCUGCCCUGAUGAUCUCUCUGAUCUGGAAGUACUACUCUGAGCCCGUCACCGUGCUUCCAAGCAAGUGGUUGGCUCCCCUGGAGCGCCUGGUGGCCUUCCCUACAGGAGUGGCAGGAGGUGUGGGCAUCACCUGCUGGCUCGUGGUCUGCAAUAAAGUUGUAGCCAUCAUGCUGCACCCCUUCAGCUGAAGGAAUCCCAGCAAGCCAUGGACUCCCCAGCUGUAUUUACAUAAUCACUGUUUUAAAUUAAUUAAAAAAAAAAAAAAGGGACAGUUAUCUUUCAUGAGACAAGGUCUGAGACAAUCCUUGUUACUCCAUUUGGGUAUCUGUCAGUCCUUUGGAUUCUUUUGAUUUCACUUCCCAGAGUUUGUCUUUCAUUUUGGAAAGAACAGCACUGCUGGUUAUAAAACCUCAUUUUGGGUUUAGUCAUGGCAGAACCAUAAGGUUUUGUCAUGGCCUGUUGUCACAAACAUCUAAAAGUGCUGGAUUUGUGGCUUUAAAUUGGAAAUGUGCUGGCUUUAGGAACUAAUUUGGGAGCUUGGCUGUUUCUUUCUAUAAAAUAUGGAAGCUUCACCCUGAGGUGGGAUCAUGUUGGGUGGUGCAGAGGGCAGAGGUUGUUUGCUUGGGGCAAAAGAGAAUUUCCUGGUUUUUUUCACCCUAAAAUCAUAAUAUUCUUGAACUCUCCUUAAAAAUAGAUGAGUUAAAUCAAGAUUUUUAUCUCUUGAGAGGUUUUUUCAGCUGCCAAGCACAGGCUGCUGUCAGAGAAGGAGAAGACAGUGCUGUUCCUGCAGGGGGGAUGCUGAUGGAGCUUCCCACUCUGGAAUUCCCACAGGAAUGAUCCCUCUGCUAUUCCAGGGCCUUUUCCUCCCUGCAGGAAGGGAAGGAAAGGGCCAGGACCCCUCCAAAAUUGGCACUGCCUUUAAAAACCAGUUCAAAAGGUCAGGUUAUGUUGUGUGUAUAUGUAUGGAUUAAAUAUUUUUGUUUGUUUUAAUGUUAAUUUAAAAAUUGGGAUUUUAUAUUAGGUAUUGCAUUUAGCCUGUGUGAAAAUAAAUAUCAAGGAAAAAAUAUUGUGAUUGAAUGUUAUGUAAAAUUGUGAUUUUAUUAAGGAAAUAAAGCUUUUCAACCCAU